AGACAGAACAACGUCUGCUCCCAUGAACAACCAGAACAUCCAAGACAAUCUCCAAAUGUUCCUGAGGCCUCUGAGAUACGCCCAACCUUUUUUCCACACACCGUAACCGAGUCCACCGCUAACGAUACCGCACACACGGAAGAUCCUGUCUGCACCACAGGAAAAAUGCAA